AUGAAGAAUACAAACAACGUGACUGAAUUCAUUCUUUUGGGCAUUACAAGGAAUCCUGACCUACGGAAAAUACUCUCUGCUGUGUUUCUAAUCAUGUAUGUGUCCACAGUUUUGGGGAACCUACUCAUUGUGGUGACCAUAAUCACAAGUCGGAGUCUGAGAUCACCUAUGUAUUUUUUUCUUUCUUCCUUGUCCCUCAUGGACAUUACCUACUCUUCCGUCAUUGCCCCUAAGAUGGUUGUAGACUCCUUCUCUGAGAACACUACUAUCUCCUUUGAAGGUUGCAUGACCCAGCUCUUUGCAGAGCAUUUCUUUGGUGGUGUGGGGAUCAUCCUUCUCAUUGUGAUGGCCUAUGACCGCUACGUGGCCAUCUGCAAGCCCCUGCACUAUAUGACCCUAAUGAGCCCUCGGGUGUGCUGCCUGCUGCUGGGAGGGGUCUGGGUGGGGGGAUCCCUGCAUGCAACAAUACAGCUUCUCUUCAUGUAUCAAAUACCUUUCUGUGGCCCUAAUGUCAUCGAUCACUUUAUGUGUGAUUUGUUUCCACUGUUGAAACUGGCCUGCAUGGAUACCCACAUCCUGGGCCUCUUAGUCAUCCUCAACAGUGGGGUGAUGUGUGUGACCAUCUUCCUUAUCCUCAUCGCUUCCUAUGUGGUUAUCCUCUGCUCCCUAAAGUCUUGCAGCUCUAAAGGGCGGCACAAAGCCCUCUCCACCUGUGGCUCCCACCUCACAGUGGUCGUCUUGUUUUUUGUGCCAUGUAUUUUCUUGUACAUGAGGCCUGUGGCCACUUACCCCAUAGAUAAGGCAAUGUCUGUGUCCUUCACCAUUGUUGCACCCAUGUUCAAUCCCUUGAUCUACACCCUGAGGAAUGCGGAGGUGAAAGACGCCAUGAGGAAACUGUGGGUGAAACGAGGGACCCUGGGUGACCACUAG